AUGGACACAGCACCUGCAUCGGCGCCCACCGCCGGCGCUUCGUCGCCCUUAACGUCCAGUCCGCGCGCACAAGCGUCUACUCACGCACUCGUAUCUGCCGCAGCGGCUUCUUCUGAUGCAGCAGCCGGAUCAGUGCUUCCACGAAGGAUCCAUUCCGAGCGUGACGACGUCGAGACCGCGACCAAUCGGCGGCGGCGUCUUCAGCAGCAGCGCUGUAAUUACUCGGUCAAGAAGAAGCGCGAGCUCAUUGCGCUAGCGCAAGUCGCAGGGGUGCGAGAAGUGUGUCGCAUGGAGGGCAUUCCCCGUCGCACGCUUCGCCAUUGGCUUGACGACGCCGAGAAGAUCAACAGCUUUGAAGGACCAGAGUCGAGGAAGUCCAUUGGGCGCUCGGGCCGGCGCGAGCUGCUGCCGUUCGGACGGGAACUCACGACGUUCUUAUUGGACGGACGUCUUGACGGACGUGAGGUGACGUCGUCGCACAUGAUUGGCUACAUUCGAGAGCACCAUCAACCGUGGCUGGACAAGUACUUGGCCGACAAAAAGAGCGCCGAGAGCGGCCAAGCAGCCCUCACGAGACUCUGUCAGCGGUUCGUUGAGCGGCAUGGAUUUACGCAGACUGGCAGUGCAAUGCGGGGUCGAGAUGCAGGGACAGGGACAGACACGGAGAAUUCAAACGUCACAUUUCAGGUCAAAACGGAGACAGAAAGUGAAAAAGAUUGCGGAAUCGCUGAUUCAGCCACACCGAAAGUCAUGUGUACAAACAUUAGUGAUGAUCAUGGUGAAGACGACAGCCCGCUGCUGUGUGGACUUGAUAUUGGCACAACUGCCGUCAAGUGUGUGUUAGUGAAGAUUGAUGAUGGCGGCAAAGCUGUCGGCACUGUGGCUGUCGCCAGCGUCCCGCUCAGUGAUGUGUUGAGUAAACCGACUGGGUUAGAUGGAGAAGCCAGGGUCCAAGAGCUUGGCGUUCAAAACGUGGACCAGGUGCUGUUGGCAGUGCAGCGUGCAGUGAUGCUGCUGCCAGCGAUGGAAAGACGACGAGUCACGUCAGUUGGUAUUUGUGGCCAAAUGCACGGAAUCGUGUGGUGGCGUAGUUGUUCUGUACAUGAAGCGGCGGAACGUGUGUUGGCAGCAGACGACAGUAAGCUACAGCAACAAGAUGACGCUUCUGACGAGUGUGCAUGGAGCGAGCUUAUUACGUGGCAAGAUCAACGCUGCACGCCUUCGUUCUUGGAUAGCUGUCGGGAAAAGAUUGCCCAUACUAACGCCCCCGGCGGUUCUUCCGCGUUCAGUCCGAUCGCUGCUGGCUACGGAUUGGCCACCUUCGCACACACGCUGGAACACUCUCCACGCACGUUAGUGGGUAUGGACGCGUGUGGGACAAUUCACGAUUUUGUGGCUUUCGUUCUGUGUGGCCAUACGCUUCCAAGCGAAGUCUGUAUGGAUACCACUGAUGCUUACAGUUGGGGUGGCUUCGGUUUACAAACUCAGACAUGGGACUCCAGCGUGCUGCACGCCUUACAGGUUCCGUCAUCAAUGCUACCUGCCGUAAAGAAGCCAGGCACUUGCGUUGGUCAUACCUCUCCAGGACUUUCUGGCUUCGGCUUGCCCGAUAACAAGCCUGUGUUUGUGCCAAUGGGUGAUCAUCCAUGCUCUGUGCUGGCCGCUUUGGCACACCGCCAGGCAGCUUCGGGCAGCGAUGGGAACUUAACGUUGGUUAAUGUCGGUACAUCGGCUCAGGUGGCUUUAGUACUGGCAAGUGCAGAUGUCGCAAAAUUCUCUUCAUGCUUCAAUCACGAGUCCAGCGUUAGUGAUGUCUGCGAUAACUCUACUUUCGAAGUACGACCAUUCCUAUUCGAGGACCGCUAUGUGGGCGUGGCAGCCUCGCUUUCCGGCGGCAACGCGUUUGCGUGGCUGGUGCAGCAAUGGCAGCUAUGGGCUAAAGAUAUGGGUCUUGCUCCAGAGUGCAACGACUAUACUGUAGCGCAAGCGGCCCAGCGCGAAGCUGAAGUCUACGCUCGACUGAUCGAGCUGGGAUUGCAGCGAAAAAACACCGAGUUGACAUUUGUGCCGACGAUCAACGGCGAGCGUGCAAACCCCGGUGCCACUGGCAGCAUCUUGAAUCUGCGGAUGAACAAUUGGAGCAUGGGCGACAUAAGCGCGGCAUUGGCUCGUGGCCUUGUAGACAACCUCUUUGCCAUGAUUCCCACGGAGCUGCGACAGCUGGUGGCCUUGCAACCGAUGAUCGGUACGGGUAACGCGCUUGUGCGCAACGGACUGCUGCAGCACUUCCUCCUGCGGCACUUGGAUGAGCCGUCGUAUCUUCAGCUGCAGACCGCCACGGAUGCUGCCGUGGGCGCGGCGCUGGCCCCGUUGCUCGUAUCUGGUACUCCGGUCAUGCUUGACUCGUUGCGUGGCCUGGAAAAGAGUCGCACUGAAGAGGGCUCUGUCGUGAAUAAUGCGCCUCACUGA